AAGAGAUUUCGUCCGCAGACAGCAGCCAGCGGAUCGACGAAGAAAGACCUCGAGAAGCGAGAGAAAAUUUGCCACAAGGGAAGAGGAGGCACGAAGAGAGAAGAAGGGAGUAAACUGGAAAUUCAGUCUCGCGCAUGCACCUCGGCGUGACGACAGCGAGAGAACACCGAGCGCUGGUCCCGGGAAAAAACGCCCCACGCGUGGUGUUCUCGUUCUUCUCUGAAUCUUCUUCUUUCGCGAGCUGGAAAGCGAACCUGUUCUGUCUUUCCCUGCCUUUCGUCUGUUUUGUUUCCCCUGGCCGUUGCAAGGCAAAAAAACAGAGAGAAACGCGAGUCGAGAUCCCCCGCGCUCGCCAGAGAACCGAACCUCGAGCCUCUUCUCGGCCUCUCUCUCCAGCCAGCCAGACGGUCUCCGAGCCCGUCCAGUGUACCUCGACUCAUCCCGGUGUACGUACACCUCAGUUUCAUCAGCUGUUGUUGACGGGGCUGGUGCGUCGAAUGGUUUGCACACCGGGAAGGGAGCAGGCUCGCCGACGAGAGGGCUGAAGUUCGUGUCUUCAUCCGCCGUGGCGUUCUUGUCUCUCUUCCCGAAUUUCCAGUGACGAAGCGAAGCCGCAGGAGGCUUCUUCCGGUGAGGCCAUUCGUCGUUGCUCGGGACUCGUGGAAGGCUGGAUUCUCUGCCUCUUUGCGCUCUCGCCUCCUCCUGCGCCGGAAGAAGCUCCGAGUCUUUUUCUCUCCGCAAACGCCUCUCGCCUCCUCUGCUCACACCCGUACCCCCUCACGCCGAUCCGGGUGUCCGUACACCUCGCGCAACACGCAGGCGUCUCUAUUCACGACGUCGCUUCAGUCUGUCUGUGAGACGGGUGUGCCGCCAACUCGUUUCCUCUAAGAAACUCGAGCCAUGUCGAGUUUCUCUUGUCCUCCGCCGCAUGGCAGGCCAGGCGCAAGAGGCAGAGGGAGGCCUUUCCGGCCUUCCUACGCUUCCGGUGCUCCGGGAGUUUCCUCGGUUCAUGCGCGACCCCUGCCGCCCUUCCCUCCUCCUCACUCUCUGUGCCCUCCCUCGGGUCCGCCAGGCUGUCCCCGACCGCCGUUCAUCUCCAGUGAUUUCAGUCUCUCAGCCUUCCCUUUGGCGCCGUCCUGCGUCGCCGCCUCUGCAGCUCCUGCGUGGAGGCCUCACCAGAGCUCGCAUGCAGUUCGCGGCCGCGAGCGGGGCGGACGGGGCGGAGCUCGGAAACCGCGUCUUGCUUCCUUCGCGUCUCCUCUCGUCCCUCCCAGGUGUCUCUCCGAUCCCUGGGCCUCCCUCAACGCUGCGCUAAAGGAGAAACAUCCUCACCUGCAGAUGCCGCUACAGGCCAAGACGCGUGGGGGGCUCGGUGCCGAGGACCCUGAAGGAGAACCUGAAGGAGAAAGCGAGAGAGUAGAGGAACUCAGGCGAGAGCGGCAAGGCCUCCGGAGAGCAGAGUCUGGGGUGUGCGCCGCGGCGACCUGCGACGAGAAGCCGAGCGAGGAGACAAGUGCGUCUUCUCCUUGGAGGCCAGGAGAGCGGGGAAGAUGCGAAGGGCGACGAACAGCGACGGAACAAGACUCGGCUGAGUCUGCCGGCGUGCAGUCGCGGUGUACACGCACUAUGCGGCUGCCCCCGGUGUCUUCGGAGACGUCCGCGGGCCUCAAUGAGGCGACGAGACGCCGAGAAGAGAGCGAAGUGAAUGCGAGUGGGGCCACAGGAGAGACCGUCGGCAACGCCAGAGAGAACAAACAGGCUCGCUCUGCAUGCAGAGUCGUUUCUUCCCUCCAGAAAGACCACGAACUGCACGCGGACGGCGGGUCUGCGUUUCGGGGGCGACACAGUGCGCGAACGCCCUCCGUCUCUCUGUCUCCGGAGAAAAAGAAGUUCUGUCUCUCUUCUCUCCCUCCCCCGAAAGCCUCAGACUCCUCGCCUGUCAGCGAGCAGGCAAUCGGGUCAUGCGGUAAGGUAGCAGGCACAGAAGAUACGAACGCGGCGCGGUCUAGUGGGUCGAUAGUCAGAGGAAAGUGGCUGGUCGAGCUGCCUCCUCCAGUGCAGAGUGUAAACAGCGACGCGUCUUUGUCCUUUUCUUCUAGCUCGGUGCCUUCGGGCUUCGCCGGACUUCCGCGACUGCGCGUUGACGACAGUGAAGACAGCCAGAGAGACAAGCCUAUUGACUCCGAAGGUUUAGAAGCCGCGUCCGCCCUCGGCGCCGCCGUGGGUUCAGGUAGAGAUACAUCGGCAGAUGGAGGCGGCGAGACCAAUGCGGUCACGCACACAGAAGAAGCCAGUUCUUUGCUCAGCCUCGAUGUCGAGAAGAUUCAAGAGAAGCUGCGAGAGCGAAGGGCGGAGUGGGCGCAUGGAGCGGAGGGAGAGACGUGACGUUGGAUUUGACAUGCUUCUGUCCCAUGUUUUGUGAAGAGAAGUUCUUUGCUCAGCCUCGAUGUCGAGAAGAUUCAAGAGAAGCUGCGAGAGCGAAGGGCGGAGUGGGCGCAUGGAGCGGAGGGAGAGACGUGACGUUGGAUUUGACAUGCUUCUGUCCCAUGUUUUGUGAAGAGACCUGGUGGCACAACGAAGAGAUCAACUGACAAGCAAGUCCGGAAAACUGAGAUGAGAGUUGAUCGGAGAGUCUGAAGCACAGAGGCAGAACAGGUUGUCUCCAGCGAAGUAUUCUUGUCACCCCGGAGACAGAUGUUUCCUCGUGCGUAGAUUCAGUCGGUUUCGAUUGAAAACAGCUGCAUGUGUAGAAAGCCGUCCAGUGAGUAGGCGGGACAUGUCUGUCAAGUACGAUUUAUUCGUUGUAAUCUGACAGCUCCGAUGUUGGGGAACAUAGGAAAGGCCACCCAAGGAAGGUGGUGAAGCAUGGGUGAAAUUCGUGUGCGAGAUCUCAGUGAGCUGCUG